UGUGUUAACAUGGCAGCCCCCACGCGGUGCGUUCUAAGAGCGUUAGCUGGAUGCCGACGGCAUGGCCUUAUUCCGGCUACCCCGUCGGUGUGCUGUGCUUCUCGGACCGCACCCACAUUUCUCCCUAUCAGGGCAUACGCCGCAGCAGCCAAGCCGUCGUGGAAGGAGAGAAAGGAGAAGAAAGAAGAAAAGACAAAAGAAAAGGUGGUGAAGGAGAAGAGAGUGAUCGAUGACACAGGUCGGCAUAAACCUUACGGUCUGACGGCCUGGGAACCAGUGGACGACGUGUACCUGGUCAGGUUUUACCCGAGGGUGGUCUAUGAAGCCGACGUGGCCAUAGAUAUGUUGAAGAACUUUCAGAAGUUGGAUUAUACGCCCCCAGAUCAGCCCGUUUUCAUUGAACUGCGUCUGGACAUGAAACUAGAGAAAAAGAAAAAAGUGGAUCCGUUUGUCAGCACAGUUCAUUUACCUUACCCUUUCAAAACGGAAAUGAACAAAGUUUUAGUUUUCACAGAGAACCCCGACCAAGUGAAACUGGCCCUGGAGAAUGGAGCUGCGUUUGCCGGUGGACCUGAGCUGGUCGAGAAGAUUUUAGAAGAUGAAAUUGCGGCAGACUUUUAUGUGGCUGUACCAGACAUUAUCUCAAAGCUGCUACCACUAAAGAACAAACUGAGGAAAAAAUUCCCCAAAAGCAAAAGAGGCUCUGUGGGCGUGAACAUCCCCAAAAUGCUGGAUCUGUUUAAGACGGGUCACGAGUACCUGGUCGAGAGAGACACGUAUGUCAGCACCCAGGUCGGCACGCUGGACAUGCCCAAAGAACACAUCCUCUCCAACAUUCAGACGAUCGUACGAGACGUGACUUCCCACAAGCCUGCCAACCUCGGGCCUAUGAUUGAGAGAGUGAUUGCCAGUAGUCAAACCAGCGAAGGUUUGAAAAUCAAAUUUGAGCAGUUCCUACCAGGGACGACAGUGGACAGCGAGGCCUGAAAAUAUUUUUUCUGUUUGUAUUAUUUACCAUGAUUGUAUAAUAUCCUUAACAGCUGUAAUAAACAUAUUCAUAUGUUGAA